GAGGAAUUCCGGUAAAACGAAUCGACGGAGACCAGAACCUGAAGGAAGCCAAAACGAGCUCUUACCGCAACAAGAAAAAGGGAAUCCCAAAGCAUAAUCGUGAAGGAUUGCCUUAUUAUUCCCACGACAUUCCUUGUGAAUUUUUUUUGCUUCGUAUUCAAAUCGACAUUAUGCUGAAAACGGUGGACUUCAGCGCUCUGGAUCUGCUCUGCGCUCAAACGUUUUCUCUGGAGGGACAAUCUUCCCCUCAGAAUCAACCUGAUGCUGCUCUGGGUCUGUUGAAGCCGAAAGCAGAGCCGCUGGACGCCGGUUUCCCCGAUUGCUCCAGCGACGGGUUCCCUCCGUCUCCGCAGAGCUACACCGGCAGCUUCUACACGGAGACCGGCCCGUACAGCCCGGACGCGCUUCUCAACCUCCUCACGGAGAUCGUCGGCAUCUCCACAGCUCCCGAUUACCUCCCGGGAAUGUCUCGUGGGAGCACGCUCUCACGCCAGGAGUCGCUGUUAUCCACCGGGAGCUCGCUGGGAUCACCGGAAUCACUCUGCAACGACUCGUCGGAUGAGUUCGCGGACGCGAGUGCGCAACAGUUCACGAUUAAGAGCGAGUUUGGGACGAGUUGCAACAGCGGGGAUCUUUUCGAUGGCUUCGUUCCUUCUUCUCACGAGCCUUCGGACCUGGAUGACAUCAUUGACCUGCUCUCUCCACUGGGUCCCGAGACGGACUUGAUUUUGGACACGUGGAUCAAGCAAGAGCCCUUGGAACCAGCAAGCGCGCUUAACUUUUCACCGAGCUUCCAGAUUCCCGCGACAGCUGCAACUUCCCAUGAAAACAGCCUUUACAGGAGCAUCGCGUUCCCGGGAUUCGGCUGCGCAACGACCGCGCUCGCCGACGCGCUGGACUCGCUUCUCUCCACCAACACGCUCACGCAAAGAAGCAAACCGCGCGCCAGGAAAGGCGCGCCCCGCGAGAAGCCGUUCUCCUGCCCGAUCGAGAACUGCGAGCGUCGCUUUUCCCGCUCAGACGAGCUCAAUCGCCACGUGCGCAUUCACACCGGACACAAGCCUUUCCAGUGCCGCGUGUGCCUGCGUUGCUUCAGCCGCAGCGACCAUCUCACCACUCACAUGCGCACGCACACCGGAGAGAAGCCGUUCUCCUGCGACGUGUGCGGGCGCCGCUUUGCGCGCAGCGACGAGAGGAAGCGGCACGGUCGCGUGCAUCUCAAACAGCGCGAGAGGAUGCAGCAGAAGACUGAGCUUCUCGCCGCGUGCGCGUUCGAGCUCCAGUGCGCGUGAGCGCCAGUUCCCUCUCAAGCGGUUCUGGCCGUUCUGGAAAGUUUAUGUCUCGAGCGCAACGCGGUUCAGUGCAAGAGACGCGACGCGUCUGAAGUGGGGCGAGCGUCACACGCGGUGUGAUGAUGCGUGAGCCUGGCAUGCGGAUGAAUGAACGCUUACAAACACUCAUUUAUUGUCUGCACAGCCAGACGCGUUUCAGCACUUCCGGUGGACAGCAACACAAACUCUCCGUUGAGCGCGCGCACGCGAUGGACAGGUCGGAGAGGCUGACGACUCGAACCUCGUGUUGUUCCGGAAGUCUGCAUGUCUUGAUGUAAACGUGCACUUGUUUUACCCUGCUGUGGCAUGCAACACGUGAUGUCCGGUUUAACUUGUAUUUUGAUACAUCACUUUAUAAAGCACACGAGAAGAGCUCUAUAUAUUUGUACGUUAUUGAUUGUAAUUUUUGUAUCGUUGAUGAUUUUCAAGAGAGUAUUGAAACAAAUCUAUCUUAUAGGUUUUCAUAAGUGAUUGUAUUCCACUUUCGACAGUAGAAUGUGUUCGGUUGGUUCUUGGGAACCUGAUGCGCUAACUAUAGAGUAUUUAUUUAAAACUUCAACAUCGUAGUUGAGUUGCAGUAGCACACUUGGAUGUGCAGAAUCACUUCCGGUUUCUUCUGGAAUCGCUGUUGUCGUCUAUUUGCCUUUGGAAACUGUUCUCGUGCAAUGAAACGCUGUUACAGUAAAUGCCUUGUGGAUAUUUGAGGCUAUGAAUGUUUCAAAUAAAACUCUAUUGACAUUA